AUGCUGAAGAAGGUGGAUCAGUUGGCUGGGGACGUCGACGAGGUCGUUGCCGAUGCCAAACUUAAAAAACUUAAUGAGCUGAUAGAAGAAAACUCUAAACUCAAUUAUCAAAAGGAGCAGCUUCAAAAGGCCAUCGAUAGUGCGCAAUCUAUGGUUGACACGCACCAAGUAUGUAUUUUAAGCAGUCUUAUCGCAAAAUUCGAUUCUGCGAUAAAGAAAGCCUUCCCGAAUCUGACUGCGGUGUCGGUUGUCAUCACGCCAAACGCCAACCCGAAUUUCGGGGAUUACCAAUGUAAUAAUGCUCUCAGUCUUGCAAAGGAGCUGUCAUCUUCCGGAACAAAAUUUGUUCCCAGGGAUGUUGCCGCCAAAAUCUGCGAGCAUCUGGUCCUAGAGCCACUUAUUGAAAAAGUUGAAAUAUCCGGGCCAGGUUUUAUCAACAUCUCAAUAGCAAGAGACUUCUUGGAAAGGGAAAUUUCGAAGCUUCUUCGACAUGGAUUCUCAAUGCCGCCGCCCAAGCGACGACUAAAAUGUAUAGUCGACAUGUCAAGUCCUAAUAUUGCUAAAGAGAUGCACGUUGGCCAUCUUCGAUCAACGAUUAUCGGGGAAAGUAUUUCUCGCCUCCUUGCUUUUACUGGUCAUGAAGUUCUCAAACUGAAUCAUCUUGGUGAUUGGGGCACUCAGUUCGGAAUGCUCAUUGCUCACCUUCGAGACACAUUUGAAGUCCUUGAUGAUCGGCCCUUGCCUAUCAGCGAUUUACAGUUUUUCUAUAAAACAGCUAAGAAGAGGUUUGAUGAAGAUGAAGAAUUUAAGAAGCGUGCGUAUCGCGCUGUUGUACAGCUUCAGUCCUUCGAACCCCAGCACAUUAAAGACUGGGAGAGGAUUUGCGACAUUUCCAAAAAAGAGUUUGACGAGAUAUACCGUCGAAUGGACGUUGAAAACCUAGUUCCACGCGGUGAAUCAUUUUACCAGUCACGGAUGGUUGAACUUGUAAAGGAUUUGGAAGAUCGUAAACUCUUGGAAAACGAUGAUGGCAGAAAGAUCCUCUGGACGCCUGCCUCUGAAGUUCCUUUAAUAAUUGUCAAAUCAGAUGGUGGUUACACCUAUGACACGUCGGACAUGGCAGCCAUCCGACAAAGGAUCAAUGAGGAGGGCGCUGAGCGCAUUAUCUACGUAGUCGAUUCCGGUCAGAGUACACACCUAACAACAGUCUUCGCAGCCGCUGAAGUGUGUGGGUAUGCCAUCCCCGGUCGGCAUAAGGCUGAACAUGUUGGCUUUGGUGUGGUUUUGGGAGAAGACAAGAAAAAAUUCAAAACGCGAUCUGGCGAGACUGUGAAACUCAUCGAUCUACUCAAUGAAGGUGUUGAGCGCGCCACAAAGAAGCUUCAUGAAAAGGGUCGGGAUAAGGAGUUGACUGCGGACGAACAGAAAAGGGCUGCAGAAGCAGUUGCCUAUGGGUGUAUCAAGUAUGCAGAUCUCUCCCACAACCGCAUCAACGAUUAUAUCUUCUCAUUCGAAAAGAUGCUGGAUGACAAAGGAAACACCGCCGCAUACCUCCUCUACGCCUAUACGCGAAUAAGGUCCAUCGUUCGCAAGACGGGCUGGUCUGAGACUAAGCUGUCGGAGAUGCGCCAGACCACAAAGAUCUCACUAGCCCACCCCGCUGAAUUGAAGUUGGGCAAGGCUCUCUGCCGGCUGCCAGAGGUUAUUGUCAAACUCGAGGAGGAUCUGCUCUUCCACAAACUCUGCGAUUACCUCUACGAACUCAGUUGUUGUUUCACCGAAUUCUACGAUGCUUGCUACUGCAUUGAACAGGAAAACGGCAAGAUCGUGAGGAUCAAUGACUCUCGAAUCAUGCUGUGCGAGGCGACAGCCUCCGUAAUGAAGUGCUGUUUUGACAUUCUUGGCAUCCGAACUGUUGACAAAAUGUGA